AUGUCAAAUUCAACAUCAGCUACCGCAUCCGAUGCAACAAGCCAAAUUGUGUGGGGAUUCAUGUUUGAAAAUUCUCACUUUACUGAAUUUGAACGUCGUAAUCAUCCCAUUAUUGAAGCCGCUUAUCACCAGCGUAAAAAGAAGCAUAGCAGCCACCAUAUAACCAUUACCGACGCUAAUUUACCCAAACCCGGAAAAGCCAAAGUUUAUUUUGGCGUGGCUCAAAAUCAUUUACGCAUGCCAGGUACACGGUACUACGUAAAACGCUGUAAAUCAAUCUCUUCUUCACCUCCACAACCUAUGCUCGUACCUUCGCCUUCUUCCACAUUCUCAUCUUUUUCUUCAAUGGAUACUGCCUCAUUUACUCAACCUUCAAGACGUAUGCAACAAUUCAAUUCCAAUACAUUAGCUGCCGUGCUUUCGGACUUCACUCCCUUACUAGAGGUGAAUUAUGAAUAUCCCAGUACUAUCGAGUAUAGCCUCGCCGACAAUAUGCUGUAUUAUAGCAACGCCAUAAUAAAAACCGCACCUAUGAUUCCUUACCUACCCACGGCGGACACCUUGCCUAUGAAUAGCAACGGCGCGCUGUAUAAUACCAACGCGUCUUUAAACAAUAGUGUGUACAUGAACAAUAAUACACCUCCAGAUUCUACCAGUGCACCCUCCGUUUCUAGCAGCGCGAAUUUGUCUCCUCCUCCCGUUGCUAGCAGCACAUGCUUAUCUUAUCCUUCCGUUGCUAGCAAUGCGACCUUAUCUCAUCCUCCCAUCACUAGCAACACAAGUUUAACCCACCCUCCUAUGAACAAUACUAUGAAUAUGUUUAUUCCUGACCUUAACACUUUUAAUAUGAUGGAGGACCCGAACUGGAUCAAUAAUAUUCUAAGCUUGGCCCCAUCUGUCUCAUGGUCGUCAUCGGCUCUUGACACUACGUAUUUUCAUAAUUUGAUGACAAACUAA